CGGAAGCUGGGGGUGUCGCGAGUAGCUUAGCGGUAGGAAGGAGCCCGACACCCCGGUGUAUUUUAGCCUUUUCCUGUGUUUUUCCCAGGUUUUUGAAAACUCCUCCGUGUUUGAGUUUGCAUCUCCAAUGGAGGCUUUACAGUUAAUUAUCUUCUUUUCUUGUGACUGAUAACAGUAACACCCUCCGCCACAGACCAAGGUCACAUGCUCGACACAGCUAGGUUAGCUCGCUGUGGCUAACACGUGAAAUUGCUCCGUAAGUCGAAUUGUCCUCACGCAAUGGCUGGGCUGAUUAAUUUUGAGGACGAAAAGGAGGUGAAGCAAUUUCUAGACAACCUGGGAAUGGAGUACAGCUAUCAGUGCUACCGAGAGAAAGACCCUGAAGGCUGUCAGAGACUGGCAGAUUACUUUGAGGGUGUAAAGAAAGACUACGAGUCCACAGCUCAGGUUCUCAAGCACAACUGUGAGGUGAAUGGUCACGGUGAAAGCUGCUACAAGCUUGGAGCUUACCAUGUCACGGGGAAAGGUGGAGUGACAGAGUGUCUGAAAACAGCCUACACCUGUUUUAUGAAGGCAUGUCACACCAAGGGGAAGAAGUCAGUGGACGCUUGCCACAAUGUAGGCCUGCUUGCCCAUGAUGGUCGAGCCUUGGAAGGGGGUCCAGACCCUGUGGCUGCUCAGCAGUACUAUGUGAAGGCUUGUGACGGGGGUUUUGCCCCAAGCUGCUUCAACCUGAGUGCCCUCUACAUCCAAGGCUCAGCAGGGGUGGAGAAAAAUAUGUCUCUGGCUCUGAAGUAUGCCAUGCGGGCCUGUGAGCUGGGCCACGUCUGGGGCUGCUCCAACGCCAGCCGCAUGUACAAACUAGGCGAUGGCACAGAGAAGGAUGACGAGAAGGCGGAGAAGUUGAAGAACAGAGCGAAAGAACUCCAUGGACAACAGAAAGAGCAGCAGAUAAAAUUCGGAGAGUGAAGGACAGAGAGCCGGACUGUGACGUGUGUGUAUCCUCUGAUGGGCUAUGCAGUUUAAAGGAUAUGGGGAACAAAAGGUGUGAGAAGUUUGUGUAUCAUCCAUGGAUCAAUACUUGUGUACAUACUGUGCCAUUGCAUUGAUGUUAUGCCUUUUCCAAAUUUAAGAUCUCUACCAGUGGAUUCAGGAUUUUGAAAAUGCACUGAACUUUAAUUUAUGACCUUUUGUGUGAAAUAAUUAUAAAUUUGGCAAUAGGACUAAAAUGAAUAAAUCCAAAAUACAAUAUACAGAAUAUAUGAACAAUUUUUGA